AUGGCGAGUGAAGACAAACAAGUUGUUCAGCCAACAGGUGAUGAUGGAGGAGGAGGAGGUAGUGGAGGAGGAGCGGUAAAAGAAGGAAAUGCUGCUGAAGGGGGAAGUGUGUUGCAGCCUUUGAAUCCAGGAGUCCCCAUCCGAGGGAUCAAGAUGAAAUUUGCUGUGCUGGCAGGACUGGUGGAAGUUGGUCAAGUGUCCAACAGAGACAUAGUCGACACUGUGUUUAAUCUGCUUGUUGGGGGCCAGUUUGACUUGGAAAUGAACUUUAUCAUCCAAGAAGGAGAGGGCAUCACCUGCAUGGUAGACUUGCUGGACAAGUGUGACAUCACCUGCCAGGCUGAAGUGUGGAGCAUGUUUACAGCAAUCUUGAAGAAAAGUAUACGCAAUCUACAAGCAUGCACAGAAGUGGGGCUCGUUGAACAAGUGCUCAAGAGGAUUGAUAAAGCUGACAACAUGACUGCAGAUCUCUUAGUGGAUAUGCUGGGUGUGUUGGCUAGCUAUAACUUGACAGUUCGAGAGCUAAAGUUAUUCUUCAGCAAGCUUCAAGGAGAAAAAGGGAGAUGGCCACCACAUGCUGGGAAGUUAUUGUCUGUGUUAAAACACAUGCCUCAGAAGUAUGGACCUGAUGCCUUCUUCAACUUUCCAGGAAAAAGUGCUGCAGCUAUUGCCUUACCUCCUAUAGCCAAGUGGCCGUACCAGAAUGGGUUUACUUUCCACACUUGGCUAAGAAUGGAUCCUGUAAAUAAUAUCAAUGUGGAUAAGGAUAAGCCUUACUUAUAUUGUUUUCGAACAAACAAAGGACUUGGUUAUUCUGCUCACUUUGUUGGAGGCUGCUUGAUUGUAACGUCCAUAAAAUCAAAGGGAAAAGGUUUCCAGCAUUGUGUAAAAUUUGAUUUCAAGCCACAAAAGUGGUAUAUGGUUACUAUAGUGCACAUCUACAACCGCUGGAAGAAUAGUGAACUUCGAUGUUAUGUGAAUGGAGAACUGGCAUCUUACGGAGAAAUAACAUGGUUUGUCAACACCAGUGAUACAUUUGACAAAUGUUUCCUGGGUUCUUCAGAAACAGCAGAUGCCAAUCGAGUAUUUUGUGGGCAAAUGACGUCCGUUUACCUUUUUAGUGAGGCUCUCAAUGCUGCUCAGAUCUUUGCCAUUUAUCAGCUUGGUCUGGGAUAUAAGGGAACAUUCAAAUUCAAGGCAGAAAGUGAUCUCUUCCUUGCUGAACAUCACAAAUUGUUGCUAUAUGAUGGCAAACUAUCCAGUGCUAUUGCUUUUAUGUACAAUCCAAGGGCUACAGAUGCACAGCUGUGUCUAGAGUCAUCCCCUAAGGAUAACCCUUCUAUUUUUGUUCAUUCACCACAUGCCCUCAUGCUGCAGGAUGUGAAAGCAGUCUUAACGCAUUCUAUCCAAAGUGCCCUGCACUCCAUUGGAGGGGUGCAGGUACUUUUCCCUCUCUUUGCACAGUUAGACUAUAGGCAAUAUUCAUCGGACCACGUUGACACGACUGUUUGUUCUACUUUAUUGGCUUUCAUCAUGGAGUUGUUGAAGAACUCCAUUGCUAUGCAAGAACAGAUGCUUUCCUGUAAGGGCUUCCUUGUGAUAGGAUAUAGCCUAGAAAAGUCUUCCAAAGCCCAUGUUACCCGAGCUGUACUAGAACUUUGCCUUGCCUUUUCAAAAUAUCUGAGCAACUUACACAAUGGGGUGCCCUUGCUGAAGCAGCUGUGUGAUCAUGUUCUCCUUAAUCCUGCAAUAUGGAUUCAUAUCCCAGCACAGGUUCAGCUGAUCCUGUACACUUACCUGUCUACUGAGUUCAUUGGCACUGUUAACAUAUAUGGUGCAAUCCGGCGGGUUGGGACAGUUCUUUUGGUCAUGCAUACCCUAAAGUAUUAUUACUGGGUAGUGAAUCCUCAGGAUCGCAGUGGUAUAACUCCCAAGGGCAUAGAUGGGCCACGGCCUACUCAAAAAGAGAUUUUAUCUCUGCGAGCAUUCUUGUUGAUGUUCAUUAAACAGCUAGUGAUGAAGGACUAUGGAAUAAAAGAAGAUGAAUUGCAGGCUAUCCUCAAUUAUCUGCUCACUAUACAUGAGGAUGACAAUCUAAUGGAUGUCUUGCAGUUGCUUGUUGCUCUGAUGUCAGAGCACCCCAGUUCUAUGAUCCCUGCUUUUGAUCAGAGGAAUGGAUUACAGGUUGUCUACAAGCUUUUAGCAUCUCAAAGUGAAGGCAUCAGGGUACAAGCUCUAAAAGUGAUGGGAUAUUUCUUAAAGCAUCUUGCUCCGAAGAGAAAAGCUGAAGUCAUGCUUGGACAUGGAUUGUUCUCUUUGUUGGCUGAAAGGCUGAUGCUUCAGACAAGCUUAAUCACCAUGACCACAUACAAUGUCCUAUUUGAGAUUCUGACUGAACAGAUUUGCACUCAAGUGAUACAUAAACAACAUCCUGACCCAGAUUCAACAGUGAAGAUACAAAAUCCUCAGAUUUUGAAGGUUAUUGCAAUCCUGCUACGUAAUUCUCCACAGUGUCCAGAAACUCUGGAGGUUCGGCGAGCCUUUCUCUCAGAUAUGAUUAAACUUUUUAAUAACAGCAGAGAAAAUAGAAGGAGUUUGUUGCAGUGCUCCGUCUGGCAGGAGUGGAUGCUUUCCCUUUGCUAUUUUAAUCCGAAGACUUCUGAGGAACAGAAGAUAACUGAGAUGGUGUAUACCAUAUUUCGAAUUUUGCUCUACCAUGCAAUCAAAUAUGAGUGGGGUGGCUGGCGUGUUUGGGUGGAUACACUGUCGAUCACACAUUCAAAGGUAACUUUUGAAAUGCACAAAGAGAGUCUUUCUCAAAUAUACAGGGAGUACCAAGGGAAAGGAGGUGAAGGGAGUGGAAUACCUUCUUCAACUCCAAUUAGAACAAUCUCUGGACUUAGCAAAGAAGCUGAAACCAAGGGAAAGCAACAAUGUUUGGAGUUAAAAGAAGAUGCUACUGCUCCUUCCUGCAUUAUUGAUGAUGAUAUGGAGUGCAGUACUGAAAAAAAAGAGACAAAUACCUCAACAGAUGGUGACCAACAAACUCAUUCAGUGUCUAAUCGUAGGGAGGAGUUAGAGGGGGAAGACAGGGAGACCACACAGGAUUUAAAAGCAGUGUCUCGUGUGGAAUUUUCUCCAGAACCAGAAGCAAUAAAGCCCAGUGUUUCAGAAAUUAGUACUGAAAUAGCAGAAGCAAUUGAAGAUUCUCUGAGCAAAGCUGAUGAGGUUGUGGAAGAAACAGUAGCUGUCACUGCUGCUUCUUUAGUGAUGCAAACUACUUUGGAAGGAGAAACUCCUUCAAGUCCAGAAAGACUGCAAAAAUCAACGGUAGAGGUGGAAGAUGAAGAUGACUUUGUUGAUUUGAAAGAGGAAAGUAGUACGCCUUUACCUUCAGAAGAGUUUGCAGAAAUGAACAAGGAACGUAGCUCUAAUGAAAGCCAAGUGACAAAGCAGGAAAAAGCAAUAGAGAAGCAACCUGAAUCUGUGCUUUUAAAAUCCAAAGAUACUGAAAGUGUGGAUAGGAAAAAACAAGAACUGACUUCUUUACCGGAAACAAGAACUGAAGAAAAUGCAAAUGCCCAUGUAUCAGAGCCUGCUGGAGCCUCUGACAAAAGAAUCGCCAAGCUUGAUGUUUCUAGUGUUGCCUCAGAUACAGAAAAACUGGAAUUGAAAGCUAACACAUGUCUAGAAGCACCUCUGCCCCCCAGAUCCAUACCUGAGACCUCAAGGAAGCAAGAUUCGUCAGGACAAGAGCUAGCUGCUACAUCAGAAGGGCAGAGAAGAGACUCUAGGUCAACUGUGUUCCGUAUUCCCGAGUUUAAGUGGUCACUGAUGCAUCAGCGCUUGCUCACAGACUUACUUUUUUCCAUAGAAACAGAUAUACAGAUGUGGAGAAGCCAUUCUACAAAAACUGUGAUGGACUUUGUGAAUAGCAGUGACAAUGUCAUAUUUGUGCACAACACAAUUCACCUCAUCUCUCAAGUGAUGGACAACAUGAUCAUGGCUUGUGGUGGUAUAUUGCCAUUGCUUUCUGCUGCCACAUCUGCUACUCAUGAAUUGGAGAAUAUUGAGCCAACUCAAGGACUUUCAGUAGAAGCAUCUUUAACGUUUCUCCAGAGAUUAAUCAACCUUGUGGAUGUGCUAAUUUUUGCAAGCUCUCUUGGUUUCACUGAAAUUGAGUCUGAGAAAAAUAUGUCAUCUGGAGGGAUUCUGAGGCAAUGUCUUCGUCUGGUAUGUGCGGUAGCAGUAAGAAAUUGCCUGGAGUGUCAACAGCAUGCACAGAUGAAGCCUAUUGGAGACAUUGGGAAGAACCAAAAAACAGUGCAGGGCUUUAUAGGAACAGGGAAGUCUGCAGCAAAGAGUCCAGUGGACAUUGUGACUGGUGGUAUUUCUCCAAUACGAGACCAUGACAGACUUCUGCAGGAUAUGGAUAUUAAUCGACUUCGAGCAGUAGUGUUCAGAGAUAUAGAGGAUAGUAAACAGGCUCAGUUUUUGGCUUUGGCUGUUGUGUAUUUUAUUUCUGUGCUCAUGGUUUCGAAAUACAGAGAUAUACUGGAACCGCAGAAUGAAAGACGACCACCAAACCAUAGCCAGCCAUUCAAGGAAUCAGAAAUUGAAAAUAAUGAAACUCCUGCUACAGAUGUGGAAACCCCGUCUGCUGCUCUUGGUGGUUCAGUCUCCACUGAAGGUUCAGAAAGUACAGCGUCUGUACGAAGAAGGGAUUCUGGUCUUGGGGAGGAACCAGCUUCAGGCCAAACGAACAGUUCCGGUACUGUUGCUGAAGCAGGACCUUUGUAUGUCAGUGCAGGUCCAGAUGCAAUCAGUGAAGUACUAUGCACGCUCUCAUUAGAAGUAAAUAAGUCUCAGGAGGGCAGAAGUGAGACAGGAACUGAGGAUAGUAAGCCUGCAAUUUCUGUGCCAGCUGCAAAAAAUGUCAAUGUAAAGGACAUCCUGAGAAGCUUGGUAAGCGCACCAGGUGAUGGGACUGCAGUGGACGCUGCUCUUCUGCCACCAACCUUCCUCGGAGUUCUUGGUGAUGGAGCUGCUGAGCAGCCUGUACAGUUCCAUUCCUUUGACAGGAGCGUUGUUGUACCACCGAAGAAAUCAACCAUUUCCUCUUCUACAGCUGCUAUGGGUAUUCCUACAAAUGCUGUCAGUGUGGUUUCUUCUUUAGAUUCAGCCCAAGCCCCGGAUUUGUCAGGAGAAUCUCCUGGAAGGGGAUCAUCUAGUUCAAAAUUGCCAUCUGUCCCUACAGUUUCUUCAGUGCCUGAGGAUUCUGCUUCAAAUAUGAGUAUUACAGACAGGCUUGAACAUGCUUUGGAAAAAGCUGCCCCACUUCUGAGAGAGAUUUUUGUGGAUUUUGCUCCCUUUCUUUCUCGGACUCUUUUGGGCAGCCAUGGGCAGGAGUUGCUGAUAGAAGGUCUUGUGUGCAUGAAAUCUAGCAGUUCAGUUGUGGAGCUGGUGAUGCUUCUUUGCUCUCAGGAGUGGCAGAACUCUAUACAAAAGAAUGCUGGCCUUGCCUUUAUUGAGCUUGUCAAUGAAGGAAGGUUGCUGAGUCAAACCAUGAAGGACCAUUUGGUAAGAGUGGCUAAUGAAGCAGAAUUUAUCUUGAGCAGGCAGAGAGCAGAGGAUAUUAACCGCCAUGCUGAAUUUGAGUCACUGUGUGCCCAGUAUUCUGCAGACAAACGGGAAGAAGAAAAAAUGUGUCAUCAUUUGAUAAUGGCAGCUAAGUACCGAGACCAAGUGACUGCAACUCAACUAAUACAGAAAAUUAUCAACAUUCUGACAGACAAGCAUGGAGCCUGGGGAAGCUCUGCACCAAGUCGUCCUCGUGAGUUCUGGCGCCUUGACUACUGGGAAGAUGACUUGCGGCGCCGGCGACGAUUUGUGCGUAACCCCCUUGGAUCGACACAUCCUGAAGCGACACUAAAAGCAGCCGGAGAACAUGCUCCUGAUGAGGAUAUACUUGUUAAAGGAAAGCAGUCCAUCAAGAGUCAAGUUUUAGGAAAUCAGAACUCAGAAAGUGAGAUGCUCUUGGAAGGCGACGACGAUAUCAUGUCAUUCAUGGAGGAAAGAGAAGUGGAGAACUUAACGGGUCCAGUUGCCCUAAGCACACCAGCUCAGCUUGUGGCACCCUCAGUAGUAGUGAAAGGCACUCUUUCUGAGGUGGAUGAAGAAGAUCCCAGUUUUAAGAAAAUCGACCCGAAGAUUCUGGCAUAUACAGAAGGACUCCAUGGAAAAUGGCUCUUUUCAGAGAUUCGAUCUAUCUUUUCCCGACGUUAUCUUUUGCAAAAUACAGCACUGGAGAUAUUCAUGGCAAAUAGAGUGGGUGUCAUGUUCAACUUCCCUGACCAAGCAACAGUAAAGAAAGUGGUUAACUGUCUGCCUCGGGUUGGUAUUGGUACUAUCUUUGGACUACCCCAGACCAGACGCAUUUCUUUGGCUAGUCCACGACAGAUUUUCAAAGCUUCCAAUAUGACCCAGCGAUGGCAACACCGAGAAAUUUCCAACUUUGAAUACCUGAUGUUUCUAAACACUAUAGCAGGUCGAACUUACAAUGAUUUAAAUCAGUAUCCUGUCUUCCCUUGGGUUAUCACCAACUAUGAAUCAGAGGAGUUGGACCUUACACUUCCUAGCAACUUCAGGGAUUUGUCAAAGCCUAUUGGAGCUUUGAACCCAAAGAGAGCAGCGUUCUUUGCCGAGAGAUAUGAAUCAUGGGAAGAUGAUCAGGUUCCAAAAUUUCACUAUGGCACACAUUAUUCAACUGCAAGUUUUGCACUCACGUGGUUAUUAAGAAUUGAACCCUUUACAACACUUUUCCUGAAUCUACAAGGUGGGAAGUUUGAUCAUGCAGAUAGAACUUUUUCUUCUAUUUCAAGAGCGUGGCGCAAUAGUCAGCGUGACACUUCUGAUAUCAAGGAAUUGAUUCCUGAAUUCUAUUACCUCCCAGAGAUAUUUGUCAACAGCAAUAAUUACAAUCUGGGAGUGAUGGAUGAUGGAACAAUUGUGUCUGAUGUUGAACUUCCACCAUGGGCCAAAACCCCAGAAGAAUUUGUUCGCAUAAACAGACUGGCAUUAGAAAGUGAGUUUGUUUCCUGCCAGCUUCACCAGUGGAUUGAUCUGAUUUUUGGCUACAAACAGCAAGGGCCAGAGGCUGUUAGGUCCCUGAAUGUAUUCUACUAUUUGACUUACGAAGGAGCUGUUAAUUUAAGUUCAAUAACGGAUUCCAUAUUGAGAGAGGCUGUUGAAGCUCAAAUACGAAGUUUUGGACAGACCCCUUCCCAACUGCUCAUAGAACCACAUCCUCCAAGAAGUUCUGCCAUGCAGGUGUAUCUCCUCCUGCAGAGUCCGUUGAUGUUCACAGACCAAGCUCAACAGGACGUUAUCAUGGUUCUAAAGUUCCCAUCUAACUCCCCUGUCACUCAUGUAGCAGCCAACACCCAGCCUGGUCUGGCCAAUCCUGCUGUGAUCACAGUUACUGCAAAUAGGCUAUUUGCUGUAAACAAGUGGCAUAAUCUUCCUGGUGCUGUACAAGACCAGCCUUACCAGCUGCCAGUGGAAAUCGAUCCUCUCAUAGCCAGCAAUACAGGUAUGCACAGAAGGCAAAUCACUGACCUUUUAGACCAAAGCAUUCAGGUACAUUCCCAGUGUUUUGUCAUCACCUCUGAUAAUCGUUACAUCUUGGUCUGUGGCUUCUGGGACAAGAGUUUCCGAGUUUAUUCUACCGACUCAGGUAAACUGAUACAAGUAAUAUUUGGUCACUGGGAUGUUGUAACCUGUCUUGCUCGUUCUGAGUCCUAUAUCGGAGGAAAUUGUUACAUUCUCUCAGGAUCGCGUGAUGCAACAUUGCUGCUCUGGUACUGGAAUGGCAAAACCAGUAUCAUUGGUGAUAACCCAAGAGCAAGUGAUUUUGCAACUCCUCGAGCUAUUUUGACAGGACAUGACUAUGAGAUCACCUGUGCUACCAUUUGUGCUGAACUUGGCCUGGUAAUAAGUGGUUCAAAAGAAGGACCAUGUCUCAUACAUUCUAUGAAUGGAGAUCUACUGAGGACAUUAGAAGGUCCUGAAACAUUAGAAGGUCCUGAAAACCGCCUGAGACCAAAACUUAUUCAAGCUUCAAGAGAAGGCCACUGUGUCAUAUAUUAUGAAAACGGACUCUUCUGUGUAUUCAGUGUGAAUGGGAGACUUCAAGCCACAAUGGAAACAGAUGAUAAGAUAAAGGCAAUUCAACUGAGUCGAGAUGGACAGUAUCUGCUUACAGGUGGAGACAAUGGAGUUGUCAUGGUGUGGCAGAUGUGGGACCUCAAGCAGCUUUUUGCCUACCCAGGGUGUGAUGCUGGAAUCCGAUCCAUGGCCCUGUCGUAUGACCAAAGGUGUAUAAUGACUGGCAUGGCAUCUGGGAGCAUAGUGGUUUUCUACAAUGAUUUCAAUCGUUGGCACCAUGAAUAUCAAACCAGAUACUGAUCUUCACAGAGACCAAGAUUAGCACUGAUGUGGGCAGCUGUUGUC